AUGAGCUCCUCGUUCGCGAAGAAGCUGGCGGACAGCGAUAAGAAGACGAGAGAUAAGACAUUCGUCGCGGUGGCGAAGUGGCUCGGCGCGCGAGAGACGAUCACGGCGUUGGAGGCGAAGAAGCUGUGGCGCGGGUUGUUUUACUCGUACUGGCACGCCGACGGUAGGGCGACGCAAUUGGACGUGGCGAAUAAGAUGGGCGCGUUGGUACACGAUUUGAACCGAGAUGUUGCGAUGGCGUACAUAGAAGCCUUCAUGUGGACCAUGCGGACGGAGUGGGGUGGGAUAGAUAAGCACAGGAUGGACAAGUAUUGUUUGUUGAGUCGCCGGGUGACGCACCACGCGUUACGGUUCGUGGGCGAGCGCGGAUGGGACGCGAGCGAAGCGCUGGCGGGCGCGAUGGCAAGUGGAAUAUUCGGUGACUCAAAUCGAGGGAUCGGGUUCAAGCUUCACAUAGCGGGUUCCUUCUUAACAGAGCUCGAGGCGGUGUGCGCCGGGGUGUCGGGGCUGGAGUUGGAAGAGGGCGAGGAAGAGGUUGAUGGCGGUGUCGCGGUGCCGAUCGCGAGCGAGGACCUCAGCAGACUCGUCGAGACGUUUGUUCAAGCGCUUCAACGCGAGGAGAGUGCGGUCUUGCACAAGCGCAUGCGAGAGGAGCUGUUCGCUCCUCUCGCGGAUGCGUCGCGUAUGUGGGACAAGCCGGGCGCGCCAAGGCUGACGCCAAACUCGAUGAAGAAGCUCUGCGAGGUCGCAAUAACGCUCGGUGCGGAGAAUGGGGUGGACGACGCGUGUCGAGAAGCAUUAUACGAGCUUCACGCGCUAUUAAAGAAGGGUGCGAGCAAGACGGUGAAGGAGGCGACGGCUCGAGGCGAGGACCCGGAAGCCGAGGAAAUCGCGCCCGCGAAGAAGAAGAAGAAAGCUGCGAAGAAUGGCGUUGAGAUGAACGGGAAGAAGGAAAAGAAAAAGAAGAAGGAAAAGUCCCAGAAAAACGACGGCGGCGCCGACGAGGACGACGAUGACGCGAAGGAAGCGGCGACGAAGGAAAAAAAAAGACGAAAGAGAGAGAAACGACUCGCCGAGGAAGAAGCCAUGGAGAAACGCAGCACCAAAAAGCAAAAGAAGGCGAAGAAGCGCGACGCGGAGAGAGAGGCUGACGUUGCCAACGGGAGCAGCGAGCCAAAUGGAUCGAAGCUCCUGGCGAUGCGCGCACUCGAUCGCGCGAACACCGCGUCGCCGACGCCGUCGCUUGAGUCGUACGAUUCCGGGUCGAUGUCGCCUCGGUCGAAGCGCUUGAUGUGGAACGACGACGCCGUGACGUACUCCUUCCCGGACGUUCGCGGACCCAUUAACACCAACCGCGGGAAGCGUAACCUUCGCUUGACGCCGACGAAGACCAUCUUCCGACCGAUUCACGGGAAGACGCACAAGGCGCCGCUCAGCGCGCCAAAUCCGAGCAAGACGUCCUCAAAACUGGGUCCGUCCGCGAGUAAAUCCAAGCGUCCAGCCGAGAGCUUCUUCUAA